AUGUCAAAUGAAGACAAGAACACACCUUCAUUCCUCAAAUUAAAAUGUGAUCGUCUAACCAAACAACUAUUUAAUUUGAGUCAAAAAUUAUCCGAAGAUUUUAUAAGUUGUUGUCAUGAAGUGCAAUUGCAAAUUUAUGUUGAUACUCUUGAGCAACUUAAUGACAAUUUUGAAAAAUCACAAUCUAACCUUGAAGAAGAAAACUUUGACGAAUUUGAAGGUGAAGCAAGAUCUAAUUUUUCCGAAUCAUAUGUGGAAUUAAAAACGGCGCUUAUGAUAGCACUUAACAAUCGCCGAUCUAACAAUGUGCAAUCAUCUACCAGAUAUCCAUCAACAGAUGAAACUUCUUCCAUCAACAUUAAGUAUUCUCGGUCAAGAUUACCUGAACUGCAAUUACCUACAUUCAAUGGCAAAAUUACAGAAUGGCCGCAUUUUUAUGCUAUGUUUAAGACGAUUGUUGAUAGCAGUGCAGAUCUAAGUAAUCUAGAGAAGCUUCAGCAUCUGCGAUCAUGUUUGAGGGAUUCUGCGUUAGAUACAAUUAAGUCACUUGAAGUUAAUGACUUAAAUUAUGAUAAGUCACUUAAUUUACUUGUUAAAAGAUUUGACAAUAAAAGAUUAAUUUUUCAGGCACACAUAAAUGAGAUGUUUGGGCUGCGACGAGUUGAACCAAAUUCAGUAGAAGGACUGCGCCGAUUAAGUGAUAAAAUUAAUUCGCAUUUGCAAGCGCUGUCGACAUUGGGCAAUAAAGAACAAAUCGCUGACUGUCUUAUUAUCCACCUUGUUGCGCAAAGGUUGGACCCAACGUCACAUGCGAAAUGGGAAGAAAGAUCAGCAUUUAAUACAAUACCGACAUGGAAUGAAAUGUCUGAAUUUCUUGACAAGAGAUGCCAGGUUUUAGAGCACGUUACUUACUCCACUAGAGCUGCUGCUAAUAAUAACAACAGGGGAGCCCAGUGUUCCCCAAUUAAUCGAAAGACUUUUGUCACCAUAAAAUCACCAACAUCUAGAUGCACAUUUUGUAAUGAUGCUAAUCAUUUCAUUUAUGCUUGUGCUCAAUUUGCCAACCUUUCUCCAAAACUGCGUCUAAAUGAAGCUAGAAGACUUAGCCUUUGCUUAAACUGUUUAAAAAAAGGACAUCAUUUAAAGCAGUGUAAAUCUUCGCGUUGUCGUCUCUGUUCAGAACAACAUCAUACACUUCUACAUUUCAAUAAUCUCGUUCAGACCAAUGUAUCUUCUGAGCUUUCUACUAUGUCUUCUGAUUUGACUGCGAAAAACAAUACAACAUCAACUGGUGAAUCAUAUAUAAAAGCUUCAUUGGUAUCAACGAAUUCAUCGCAACAGCGCCCAAACUAUCCCUCAUUAGAAUGUGUGCUCCUGGCUACUGCCGUUAUUUUAGUAAAGAAUCGUGCGGGCUCCUUCGUGCCUUGCCGUGCCAUUUUGGACUCUGCUUCCCAAUUACAUUUUAUUACAAAAUCGUUUGCAAAUCAACUACAGCUGAAAUCAACAAAAUCCGUCACUGUGGUAUCUGGAAUUGGUGAUGGGGAUUUUGUCUCUAAUAGUUCCACAGAGCUAACUAUACAGUCUCGUUUUGGCAAAUACUCAACUAAUAUUACUGCAGUUAUCACCACUAAAAUCACUGAUCAGCAACCCAGUAGUAACAUCAAUACUAAUGAUUGGAAUAUUCCAAAAAAUCUACAGCUUGCAGACCCAACAUUUAACAAUUCUCAACGAAUUGAUGUUCUUAUAGGUGCAGCUCUUUUCUUCGAAUUAUUAUGCGUUGGUCAAAUUCGCUUGGCUCCCCAAUUGCCAAUACUACAAAAAACAUUACUCGGAUGGAUAGUUUCAGGUGGUAGUCAAUAUGCUACUCCAUUAGCCACAUUAGCGGCUUUUAAAACAACAUCAUCCCAAAUUGAACACGAUCAAAGUUUGGAUCAACAAGUCAAAAGGUUUUGGGAAACGGAAAACUGUUUUGAUUCGAUUGUCAAAACAACGAAAGAACAUUUAGAUUGUGAAACCCAUUUUAGGACGCAUUUUUCUCGCAAUGAGUCAGGUGAAUAUUCUGUUCGUUUACCGCUAAGAUUAGAUAUAGAUCUACUUGGAGACUCAUAUAUUCAAGCCUUGCGACGUUUUCAUAGCUUAGAACGCAAACUACAGCUAAACCCCAAUUGCAAGACGCAAUACACUGCUUUCAUGAAGGAAUAUUUGGAUCUUAACCACAUGUCUCCAGUUGCUGACACUGAAGCAUGCCUUCCGAAGUAUUACUUAUCACAUCAUUGUGUUCUAAAGGCGUCUAGUUCUUCCACAAAGCUGCGUGUUGUGUUUGACGGUUCAGCACAAACUUCUACAGGAUAUUCUCUGAAUGAUAUACUUAUGUCAGGACCUACAAUCCAGUCCAAUUUGAUUGACAUACUUCUUCGAUUCCGAUCCUUUCCUAUCGCGUUGACAGCAGACAUUUGCAAAAUGUAUCGCUGUGUUCGCAUUACUCCACCUGAUAAUUUUCUACAAUGUAUACUAUGGAGAAACGAUUAUCAGGAACCGUUAAAGGUAUAUAAAUUAGAUACUGUUACUUAUGGCACUAAGCCAGCAGCGUUCUUAGCAGUUCGAGCUAUGCAACAAUUGGCGGCUGAUGAAGCUGAAAAUUUUCCAUUAGGCUCGAGAAUCACUCUUCGUGACUUCUACAUUGAUGAUUUGAUUACUGGAGGCAGCUCCGAACACGAAGUUCUUAACAUUAUGCGACAAACAUCUUCAUUACUUAGCAAGGGCAACUUCAAAUUAAGGAAAUGGAGCUCAAAUCAGUCAUCUGUGCUGAAUGAUAUUCCUGAAGUCGACAGGGAACCAGUGCUGAAAUUUGAUGAUGGCAGUGAAUUCACAAAGAUCCUUGGUCUCUUGUGGAAUCCGACUAAUGAUAACUUCUUCUUUUCUUUUACAUCACAACAAAAUAUAAAAAAUAUUACAAAGCGAUCCAUUCUCUCGCUUAUUGCUAGGUUUUAUGAUCCUCUUGGCCUGAUUGGACCUGUAAUAUCGAUGGCUAAAAUAUUUUUGCAGCAAUUGUGGAAGCACAAGCUGGACUGGGAUGAGAGCUUGCCAAUCAAAUUGCACACUGCAUGGAACUCACUCUAUAAUAAUCUUUAUUUAGUUCGAAAACUAACGUUUCCACGUUUCGUUUCGUUACCUAAUGCAUUUGUUGAAUUGCAUGCCUUUUGUGACGCCAGUUUGGACGCCUACGGAGCUUGUGUUUAUGUCGUCUCCAGGUUUGAAGAUUCAGUCAGUGUCAAUUUACUUUGUUCAAAAUCUAGAGUAUCACCUCUUAAAACGUUGACAGUUCCUAAGUUGGAACUGUGUGCCGCAGUUUUAUUGGCACAAUUGAUUAAUCAAAUUUCGAAGUUAAAUAUAUUCAUGGGCGAAAUACAUUGCUGGUCUGAUUCAUCCAUUGUAUUGACAUGGAUUCAAUCUGAAGCUUCUACAUUUAACACAUUCGUUUCAAAUCGUAUAAGCAGAAUUCAACAUUUUACUGAAGGUAUGACAUGGCAUCAUGUACCCACCGACAUGAAUCCUGCUGACAUUUUAUCCAGGGGAGCAACUCCAAAUGAACUUGUGAAAUCAACGCUUUGGAGAUUUGGACCAUCGUUCUUACGUUUUGAUCACUCUGAUUGGCCUGCUACCUUUACAUUUCAACAUAAUUUACCAGAAAGACGAACAAUCUUAAUUUCAAUUUCGAAUAUAACUGAUAUGUCCAUCAAAUUCAAAUUUAUCAACUCAUUCGAGAAAAUGCAGCGCAUUUUUGGCUACGUGUAUAAAUUUGUCAAUAAAGAUCGGUCGGGUACUUUAACAGUUCAUGACAUAAACCUGGGAACCUUUAUGCUAAUUCGCUUAGUACAAAGGGCAAAUUUGUGGACGGAGUAUCAUGAUCUAGAACGUAAAAGACUGAUAAACAGUUCAAGCAAGUUAUUCUCGCUGUCACCAUUUAUGGACAAUAAUGGCUUAAUUCGUGUUGGUGGUCGUCUUAAAAACUCCAAUUUGGAUUUUAAUGCUCAACAUCCAAUCAUUCUACCUAGAAAUCAUCCACUCACAGAUGCGAUCAUAAAUCAUUAUCACCGUAAAUGGUUGCAUGCAGGCGCACAAUCAGUUCUCGCUUCUAUACGACUACAAUAUUGGCCUAUGGGAGGGAGAAAGCUUGUCUCAAGGGUCAUUAAUAAAUGCAUAACAUGUUUUCGUGCUAAACCAACAGUUGCAAGGCAUAUUAUGGGUCAGCUUCCACAUGAACGAGUUCAUCCUAAUCGAGCGUUUGUGAUUACGGGUGUGGAUUAUUGUGGACCUUUUUAUUAUAAAUCAGAAGUUCGUAACAAGCAUCCAAUCAAGUGCUACAUUUGCUUAUUUAUCUGCUUUACAACCAAGGCGGUGCACCUUGAAGUAGUUAAGGAUUUAACAACUUCAGCCUUUCUUGCAGCAUUGCAACGUUUUAUUUCUACUCGUGGUAAACCCAAAACUAUAUGGUCAGACAAUGCAACCAAUUUUUGUGGUGCUAAAUAUCAGCUUGAUGAUCUCAAGAAACUUUUCUUCAGUCAAAGGCAUUGUGAAUUGGUUCACCAGCAAUGUCUCUGUGAUAACAUUGAAUGGAAGUUUAUACCUCCCGGUUCGCCGCAUUUUGGUGGUCUCUGGGAGUCCGCCGUCAAAACCGCCAAAUACCACUUCUAUCGUGUAGCUGGUCUAGCUGCUCUCGACUUUGAUGAAUUACGCACCUUAGUGUGUCAAAUAUCGUGUAUAAUAAACUCUCGACCUUUGUUUCCACUUUCAGAUUGCCCAGACGACCUUAAUGCUCUCACACCCGGGCAUUUUUUAAUUGGUGCUCCAUUUACAUCCUUCGUUGAGCCUGACUCUACAGCUUUAAACAUAAACCGAUUAGGACGUUGGCAGCGUAUUUGCUUUUUACAACAGGUGUUUUGGAAACGUUGGAGCAGUGAAUACCUUACACAACUACAAGAGCGCUCUAAAUGGCGACAGUCCACUGCGAAUAUGACGAUCGGCACAAUGGUUCUCAUAAAAGACAACAAUCUUCCACCGCUUCAUUGGGUUUUAGGCAGGGUAGUUGAAGUCAUAGCUGGUAACGACGGUGUUGUGCGCAUUGCCAUGGUACGCACAAAAAAUGGCGUUUUUAAACGUGCGGUUUCACGGCUCUGUAUUUUGCCAUUAAAUGAUGAAUCUUGUAACGCCAUCGUUCCAACGGGGGGAGAAUGUCUAGACAAAUCAUAAUAGUUGCCUGGCAACCCUGCUAUAUUUUAAUUUACUUGUGAAAUGUUGUUUUACAAUAAUAAAGUCAGUUGCUUCUCAAAACUCAUUUACGCCGGUCUAUUCAUUUUAUUCGAAUUUAAAUAAAGAACUUCAAAAAAGCUUGAUGUUCUCAAAACAGUAGUUAAUGCUUGUUAACUUCAACGAGAAUUAAUCAUACUUAAAUGGUAUUGUGGCCUGUUGUCCUACAUGGAACAACGGGAAUCCAUAUGUAUGAAUACAUGCCAUACAUAUAUAUAUAUAUAUGAUCAUGAAUCACUAGAAACUCAUGAUUUUAAAAUAAUUUAA